CAUAUCGUGAGAAAGUUCAGCUGGUGAGAGACUGACAGUUUGCAUCUCUCCUUCAUCAGAUGACUGAUUAGAAAUCUGCAUGUUUAACACCCCGCCUCUUUACUUUGAAAGUAACCUGACUGGAGCUCAGUUCAGUUGCGGACAUUGCAUAGCUUCAGUCACACGCACCAUGAAGACCUUCACCUUGAUAACAGCUUUAACUCUCUGCAGCUUUAGCUGGAUCUCUGUCUCAGGCUCUGAGUCUCAGACUGUGGAGGUUCAGUCUGGUGAAGAAGUCACACUGACGUGCUCCAACAUGUCCAGGGUUGUAUCUUUGACAUGGUGGUCCAGACUGGUGAACAGAACCAAGGCCAGCUGUAUCACUUUUAUGUACAGCGCUAAUAGCGACGUUAAAUACUGUGAUGGAUUUCAAAAGUUGAAAUAUGAAAUGAGCUCCAACAUCUCCACUCUCUUUCUCAAAAUCAAAGACGUGGAUUUAUCCGACUCUGGACUGUAUUUCUAUGGAUUUAUCUCAGGUGGCCGUCCAAUUUUCAGUGUAAUACGUUUAAAUGUUGAAGGAAAAGGCAGCAUUGAGACACAUGAUGACGUGGACAGCCAGUGUGAAAUGAGUUACGGAACAGCAAAGCUGACGAGUAUGAUCCUGGGCGGCCUGACUGUCUUCCUGGUAGCGGUCAUCAUCGGUCUGGUUGUUAAAGUCAGGAAGCUGCAGACAGCUGCCAGUGAAGACCAGAACUCACAACAGUAUGAGAAUGUGGACUGUAAUGGGCUGAGAGACGCAGAGCUGAGUUUGUACUCAACAGUGGGGACCGGGAGGCCUGCCUCAGAGAGGGAAGUGAAGACUCGUGUUGUUUACGCUGCAAGCAGAUAGACGUUUUUUAUCAGAUUAAUCUGCUGCUGUUUUCUUUUGCGGAUGGACGGCAGGAGUUUCCAUUUUCUUACUGAAAGAAAUACUCAAAUUAUUAAAUGUGCUUUUACUAUCAUGUCUCUGUCUCUUUCUGUGUGUCUUGGAGGAGUGAGUGAGUUACACAUCACUUGUCAGACAGGAGGAGACAGCACUGAGGUGAAACCAGGAGGUCCGUUAACUCAAAGCUUUGUGGGAAUAAAAUCUGAAAUGGAGCAGUGAAUAAAUUGUGUGCUGUCAU